CUCUACGACCGUAAUCAUAAUAAACUGCUUGUUUUCUUUGGACUCUUUGUAAUAGAAGUAAAAGGACUUCGAAAUUAUGCACCAGCACAUGAUGAAUACAAACCGACCGACUACAGCUUUAGCUACGGCGUAAAAGACAUGCAUACAGGCGACAUCAAACACCAAUGGGAGAAGAAAGAUGGCUCCACAGUUAGGGGUCAUUAUUCCAUGGUGGAAGCAGAUGGUUCCGUACGUACGGUGGAAUACACGGCUGACGAUAAAAACGGGUUCAACGCAGUUGUGAAACAUUCCGCACCAGGAUAUCAUCCAAUGCCAAAAACACCAACGAGCCACAGUGAGUUGUACAUGAAGCCGAAAACAAUUGACAACGAGGUUAAGGUUGAGGAGGAGGUGGAAGAAGAAACGCCUGAGUAUGUAAGAGAACAACAAGAAAAUGAUAAUCAGAAAUAUUACAAUCAGAAAGAGAAUUACGAGUAUGUUUACACCAAAACAGCAAACGCUGAAAAUGUAGAGGAAAAUACUGACGAACAAGAGUACGAUAACGAAAACAACCAAAAAGAUGAAGAGAAUGAGGUUUCAAAUAACAAACAAACCUACAUCUACGUACCACAAGAAGAAUAUGUGGAGGAAUCACAAAGAUCUACAGUAAAAACCCACGCAAAAUACCCCCAUCAAAAAAUACACGAGGCAAUUGACGAAAACAAAGAGAGCCUUGCAUCAGUCCUACCAAUGUUAAGCCUUUACAACGCCAACUCAAAGGAAAAAGUCGUACCAAUCGACGUAUCAUACGUUAAACCUCUGGAAAUCGACUUGACUCAUGCCCCAUACGAACCUCAGGACUCAAAAAAAAUAAACUACUCGAUCAAAGAUACCACCGUUGUACCAUCCCACGAACUGUCCCAAGAAGAACUCAGCAAGUUUCUAACAGAGUACUACAGCUCGGGGAGAAACAAAAUCAGCGAACCCUUUUACGAGACAGGCUUCCAACCUAUCAAAUCGAAACCUGACAAUCAAAUCACCCAGCCCAACGUGCUACAAAGCUACAAGAAACCCGUAAAAACCACUCCAGGUUUAAGAAACUUUGCCACCUCGCAGAAAAACACGGUCUAUCAUAAGUAUGGUUCGAGGACUCCAAAGUACGAUGUUGUGCCUCAAAGAAGUUCCCAUGUGCCGGUGCAAGUUCUGAUUCCUAAGGAAAUUGUGAGGGAGGAGAGUCAUAAGUCGCAAUUCACCAGGUUGUACAGACAGCCUGUCAAUUCUAAUUUGAGAUACGGUUUAAGGAUGAGGUACUAGAUAUGUUAAGUAUUUUUGUUGUUUAAUUUUUAAGUAUUUAUUAAUAGUAUUUUAGUAUUUAUAUUUAGUCAAAAAAACGUAAACCAAACAAUUGUGCAAUAUUUAUAUGCUGUAGAAGGUAUUUCCUAAGAACUAGCUAGCCAGA